UGCAGCAGGUUGAAGUUUACUCUUUAUAGUACAUAUGUAUAAAUAUUUUGUAUGUAAAAACUCAAUUGAAAUAAAAUUAUUGUAGAAAUUUGAGAAAAAUGAAAACUCGUUUUAAUACCUACGAUAUUGUUUGUGUAGUAACAGAACUGCAAAAGCUAAUUGGGUUGAGAGUGAAUAACAUAUACGAUAUCGACAAUAAAACUUAUUUAAUUAGACUUCAGAGAAAUGAAGAGAAAAGCGUACUACUACUUGAAUCAGGCAACCGUAUACAUACAACAAAUUUUGAAUGGCCCAAAAAUAUUGCACCAUCUGGUUUCAGUAUGAAGAUGAGGAAACAUUUGAAAAAUAAACGACUUGAAUCCUUGAGACAAUUAGGUACCGACAGAAUAAUCGACCUGCAAUUUGGUUCUGGGGAAGCGGCAUACCACAUUAUUUUGGAAUUAUACGACAGAGGUAACAUAGUCCUUACAGACUAUGAAUAUACGAUUUUAAAUGUUCUUCGACCACAUACUGAAGGAGACAAAGUUAAAUUUGCCGUACGAGAAAAAUAUCCACAGGAUAGAGCAAGAGAAAGUAAAGUCAUAAGGAAGGAAGAUAUGAUAAAUAUUUUACAAAGUGCAAAAACUGGCGAACAACUGAAAAAAGUUCUCGUUCCAAAUUUAGAAUAUGGUCCAGCUAUAAUAGAACACGUUCUUUUAAAACAAGGCUUUUCAAGUGCUACAAAAAUUGGAAAAACUCUUAAUAUUCAGGAAGAUAUUGGUAAGGUUAUGGAUGCCGUAUAUGAGGCAGAAAAUAUAUUUCAACUUGCUAAGCAGAAUCAUGAAAAGGGUUUCAUAACACAGAAAAAAGAAGAGCGUCCCACUGAAACCUCUGAAGUCUUUUACUCCAAUCAAGAAUUCCAUCCCAUGCUCUUUCAGCAACACUCGUCGAUGCCACAUAAAGAAUUUGACAGCUUCAACGAAGCAGUAGAUGAGUUUUUCUCUUCAUUCGAAAGUCAGAAGUUAGAGUUAAAAGCUGUCCAACAGGAACGAGAAGCGAUGAAGAAAUUGGAGAAUGUUAGAAAAGAUCACGAUCAAAGAUUGGAAGCCUUGGAGAAAACUCAAAAUAUCGACAAACAAAAGGCCGAACUGAUUACAAGGAAUCAGGAGCUAGUUGAUAGGGCCAUUUUAGCAAUUCAGACAAUUUUGGCAAAUCAGGUGUCUUGGGAGGAUAUUAACGAUAUGGUUAAAGAUGCUGCAGCUAAAGGAGAUCCGGUAGCGAAGCACAUUAAGCAGUUAAAAUUAGAAAUAAAUCACAUUACUUUAUAUCUGACUGACCCAUAUGCAGAACCGUUAGAUAGUGAUGAAUCUAACGACGAAAAUGAUGAUCAGUUACCAGCAAUGGUGGUGGACGUUGAUCUGGCGCUUUCGGCAUUUGCCAAUGCAAGAAAGUAUUACGAUUUAAAGCGUUCUGCAGCGAAAAAACAACAAAAGACUAUCGAAUCGCAGACAAAAGCAUUAAAAUCAGCUGAGAGAAAAACGAAACAAACUUUAAAGGAAGUCCAGACAAUUACGAAUAUAAACAAAGCGAGAAAAACUUACUGGUUCGAGAAGUUCUUUUGGUUUAUUAGUUCUGAAAACUAUUUAGUUAUCGGCGGCAGAGAUCAGCAACAGAACGAACUGAUUGUUAAAAGAUACAUGAAACCAACCGACGUGUAUGUCCACGCUGAUAUUCACGGAGCCAGUAGCGUUAUAAUAAAAAAUCCAAGUGGCCAAGCCGUUCCUCCUAAAACCCUAAACGAAGCCGGUACAAUGGCGAUAUGCUACAGCGUUGCAUGGGAUGCCAAAGUGGUGACUAACGCGUAUUGGGUAUGGGGAGACCAAGUCAGCAAAACCGCGCCCACUGGAGAGUACCUAACGACGGGUAGUUUCAUGAUCAGGGGGAAGAAAAACUUUCUGCCGCCUUCUCAUCUAAUUCUGGGCAUGAGUUUCCUCUUUCGAUUGGAGGAUGGUUGCAUCGAGAGGCAUUUAGGGGAGAGGAAAAUUUUAACAGCGACCGAAGAAGACGCUCUUAGUCUUGCCGAUAGCGAAAUGAGCAAGGAGGAAGUGGAAGUUGAGAUAUUGGAUGAAAGCGAUGAGGACAAUAUGAAGGAGGAAAAUAUUACUGAGGUGCAAAGUGCAAAGGAAACCAUUACAGAAGCCACUGAAUUAGAAAAAGAAGGUGAUGAUUCAUCGGAUUCUGAUGAAACUCCAAAAUUCCCAGAUACUCAAAUUAAAAUUCAGCAUUUUGAUGGCACCAAAAUUAACAUAUUGACAGAACCUUCGAAUAACAUUGAGGAAAUUAAAAAUGAAGAUGUUAUUUAUCUUGGAGACGAAAAACCUGUGAUUUUGAAACCUAACCAAAAGAAUAGAAGUAGGGGCAAUAGCGAAUCAAAAGUUAAACAGCAAAAGAAUAUCAAUAAAGAAAGCAAAGAAGACACGAAGCAGCAGCAGUCUAAGAGAGGACAGAAAAGCAAACUAAAGAAGAUCAAAGAGAAAUACAAGGAUCAGGAUGACGAAGAGAGGAAACUGAGAAUGGAGAUAUUACAAUCCUCCGGUACCGGAAAGGAAACAAAGAAAAAUAAAAAGAACAAGGACAGCCACAGCAAAGAUAAGAAGUCUGACGUAAAGAUCUCCAAACCCUUUGUCCCCAAAGAACGUACGGAAGAUGGGUUGGAUGAUGAUGAGCCAAAUGUGCAAGUGGAUGUCGAUAUGAUAGAUGCCCUGACGGGAAUACCAAAUCCGGAAGACGAGCUGUUAUUUUCUAUUCCAGUCAUAGCUCCCUACAACAGUUUAUCAAGCUACAAAUUUAAGGUGAAACUUACGCCCGGACCUGCGAGGAGAGGGAAAGCUGCCCGUACUGCCGUCGCGAUGUUCUUGAAGGAUCGUACUAUUACGCAAAGGGAAAAGGAUUUGUUAAAGGCUGUGAAGGACGAGCAACUUGCAAGGAAUUUACCGGGAAAAGUGAAACUUUCUGCCCCCAAAUUGCAAAGCUUGAAGAAAUAAUGUAGCCUUCUACCACUACCUUAAUAUCUGUUAAAUAUUAUAAAGUUAUUUGUUAAAUUGCAA